UGAGCGGCAGUUUCCGUAGCGCGCACGGUCUGUGCAACCGACGUGUUUGAGCGAGAGGCACCGUUGGACAAGACUUCGUCCGACAAAUGCUUAACUAACGAAAACAUAAAAUAUGUCACACUAUUGUGGGCUUCAGCAGCAGUUUUCCACUCGACGAUAGCUGCCAGGGAUUUUUGGAUGGUGAAAGUGUCUUCAAUUGCAUUGCAUCCCUUCUCACUCAACAUACAGUGCUACACUGAAACCCUCUCCAACAGGACCAAGAGGGACCUUAAGAGCUGAAAUGCUCUGCUUGCUAUUAUGGAGUAAGGAAAAAAAGAUUAGAAAUAGUGAAUACUGAAAGACGAAAUGAAAGAGAUUCACAGAAGAGGAGAGUUUAAGUGUUCUGCUCUGGAAUGACCUCCCACACACACGGUUUCUAUGGGGAUUUCUGCAUAAUGGCACUCUCCUGGAUGGGAGGAAGUGUAUUUCUGAAGCAUCUGAUUGCUCUGCUGUGAUUGGUCAGUAUUUUUCAGCUGCUUUACUGCCAUUGAUCAGCAUGCCUGCGAAGGGGAAGUACCUGCUGAAUGAGCAGGAGCUGAAACAGGAAGCACUAUACAGGAAAUUUUCUGGCAUUAGCCAAUACCAGCCCUUCGUUCUGUUGUUGGGACUGAGCAUGCUCACAUGCGCAACACUGCUAGUGAUCUUCUUCAGCUUGGGACUGAAAGCACAGGAGCAUGCUGCAUUUGUGGGUGUUGUUGGAGGAACGUUCUGCUUGUUCCUGGCUGUGUUUAUUUUAGUGUGUACAGAGACCCUCUCUCAAAGAUGGAGAACUUUGCUCGGUCUGGCUGUGUGGGCCACACACCUCACAAUGGGCUUCACCUUUAUUUUCAGCACAGACCAAAUACAACCAUGGGACCAGGUGCCCUUUUUCCUCUUCAUCAUCAUUACAGUCUACACCAUGCUGCCGUUCCAAAUGAGCUAUGCUGUAACUCUGAGUAUCAUCUCCUCUCUGUCUCACAUCAUUGUUUUGUCAGUGCACCUCACAGUGGAAAAGCACUAUCCCAGACACCUCAUCACCAAUCAGUUGUUGUCAAAUGCAGUGUUGUUUGUUUGUGGAAGCGUGGUUGGGGCAUUUCAUAAGGUUCUGAUGGAAAAAGCUCUCAGGCAGACAUUUCAGGAUACUCUCCGCUGCCUUGGCAUUCGCAUGAAACUGGAGAUUGAGAAGAGACAGCAGGAAAACCUGUUGCAGUCAGUACUCCCUGUGUACAUUUCCAUGAAGAUGAAGUUGGCCAUAAUGGAACGCUGCAAGUGUAAAGAUAAGGAGGAACAGCAGCGUAUGGUUCGAGACAACAACUUUCACAGCCUUUAUGUGAAGAGGCAUGAGAACGUCAGUAUCCUGUAUGCCGACAUUGUGGGUUUUACACGUUUGGCCAGUGACUGUUCUCCCAAGGAGCUUGUGAUCAUGCUGAAUGAGCUUUUUGGGAAAUUUGACCAGAUUGCAAAAGAGAACGAGUGUAUGCGAAUAAAAAUUCUUGGUGACUGUUAUUACUGUGUGUCCGGCCUUCCCGUUUCUCUACCAAAACAUGUCAAAAACUGUGUUAAAAUGGGCCUGGACAUGUGUGAAGCUAUCAAGCAGGUGCGUGAGGCAACAGGUGUGGAUAUAAACAUGCGAGUUGGUGUGCACUCCGGAAACGUCCUCUGUGGUGUGAUUGGCUUACGGAAGUGGCAGUUUGAUGUAUGGUCACAUGAUGUCACCUUAGCAAAUCAUAUGGAGUCUGGAGGGUUACCAGGCCGAGUUCACAUCACGGAGGCGACUCUGAAGCACCUGAACAAAGCAUAUGAGGUGGAGGAAGGAAAUGGUCACCUGAGAGACCCCUACCUUAAAGAGCUCAACAUCAAGACUUACCUGGUCAUAGAUCCACGGUCAAAAGACCAAUCGCUGAUGGCUCCUAGUGUUACGAAGCCUCGUGUGAGUGACGGUUUGAAGAUGCGAGCGUCUGUGCGUAUGACACGCUUCCUGGAGUCUUGGGGGGCCGUCAAACCUUUCGCCCACCUGCAGAGCCGAGAGGAAUUCAGCACAGACGCCAUGGUCAAUGGCAAAGGUCGUUGCAAGGACUUCCCUCUUAGAUCAGUAUCGACAAAAAUUACAGAGAGCUUUGAUGAGUCUCUUGAGGAGCCCUUGUCUUUACCUGCUCCUCCCUUGAGCACAUAUAAGAAUAAAUCUCAGAAGACUAAGUUUGAUGAAGAACUGCAUGACAAGAUGACUACCACCAUCAACGAUCUGAGCUCAAGCAAGCAGUGGGUGAAGUCUGAAGAGAUCUCAGGCCUCACGCUGAGGUUUACUAAAAGAGAUCUGGAAAAGCAGUACAGGACUAUAGAGAUGCCAAGCUUUAAAUACUACAUCGGCUGUGCCACGUUCAUCUUCUUCUGUAUCUUCGUCAUCCAGAUGUUUGUUACCAAGCAGCGUAAAGAGCUGGGACUUGCAUUUGCGGUUUUGGCGUGUGUUCUGCUCUUAACCUUGUGCAUCUGUUUUGCAGGUCAUAUUCAGAGGAUGUUUCCCGAGAAGUUGAAGUCAUGUACGUGGCUGUCUGCUCUAUCUGAAGCAGUGGUUAAGAGACCUUUUGUGCGCCUCCCUUUGGCAACUAUUGCUACCACAGUCAUAGUCAUCAUUGCCAUGUUCGACUUGUAUUUUAAAAAUCCAGGGAAUUUAUGUGACUUGCUGCAAAAUAACAGCAGCAUUCCUGAAUCUUUUGAAAAUGACCUUCCGUAUUUGCCUUACUCCGUGUAUAAUUGUAUAUUGGCAUUGAUUGCCUGUGGUGUGUUCUUGAGGGUGAGUUUGGAGCUGAAGGUGGCCUUCCUCUUCAUUGUUUCUACUGUGUACUACAUCAUCAUCAUCUGCUCUCAGGAUGAUCUUUUCAGCAGCUACUAUUACCUUCUCUAUGCCAACCACAGCUGUGCAGAGGACGAUAUGAUGCUGCGCAAAUCAGGACUAAUGAAGCACCCACAAUACAUGAGCUGCAUCUACAUCACACUCUUCCUCUUUACUAUGCUUCUCAUAUCUCGACAGAAUGAGUACUGCUGUCGUCAGGAUUUCCUGUUGAAGAACAAGAAUCUGGCUGAUAAGGAAGAGGUUGAGCUAUGCGAAAACUUGAACCGUCUUCUUUUGGAGAACGUUCUCCCUGCGCAUGUGGCCGCACUCUUCGUGGGCGAGAACAAAAAGAAUGAGGUGGGGCUGCUGUCCACUAUCUCUUUACUAAACAAGAAAUACAAGGACCUGUACUAUAAGUCUUAUGACUGUGUAUGUGUGAUGUUUGCCUCUGUGCCGGACUUCAAAGAGUUCUACACAGAGUGUGAUAUCAACAAAGAAGGACUGGAGUGUUUGAGGCUUCUCAAUGAGAUCAUCGCCGACUUUGAUGAGUUGCUGUCAAAGCCCAAAUUUAGCGGUGUGGAGAAGAUUAAAACUAUUGGCAGCACGUACAUGGCUGCUGCAGGACUAAGUGGACCUCCUGAGCAGACCAGCCAGGACCGGGAGAGGCAGCAUGCACAGAUAGGGAACAUGGUGGAGUUUGCCAUCGCUCUGAUUGGCAAGCUUGAUGGCAUCAACAGACACUCAUUCAACACAUUCAGGCUUCGUGUGGGUAUAAACCAUGGCCCAGUGAUUGCUGGGGUGAUUGGGGCCAGGAAACCACAGUAUGACAUAUGGGGAAACACUGUGAACGUGGCCAGCCGAAUGGAAAGCACUGGGGAACUGGGCAAAAUACAGGUGACGGAAGAGACGUCAGAUGUCCUGCAGAAGCUGGGUUACUCAUGCGAGUGCCGUGGCCUGAUUAAUGUGAAGGGGAAAGGAGAACUCAAAACCUUCUUUGUGUGCACAGAUUCCAGCAAACAGCAGGGCAUCGGUCUGAGCUGAGACUGAAGCCUUAGUCCUCAGAACCAUUGACACAUUCAUACACACAUCCACACAGACCUAAAUGUGAUCUGUUUUUUGUUUAGUUAAUUUGUUAGAGAAUGUCUCAUUGCUACUGGAUAUGUUUCUUUUUAGAUCAUGUCUAAAGAACUGCACAUUCUUUAUUACUCUUAAAUGGUAAAGUGAUUUGACAGCAUUUGAGACCUGAAACUCUGAGAGGACCAACAUCUUACAACACACAUACAGUAGGUAUCUUACCCAAACACAAGCUGAACUUUGCGAUCCUCUUAUGGGAAACAGAACGUAGACAGUGGGUAACUGAGUUCACUGAAGGAAAAGGACAUUCUCAGUAUUGCUCUUAGACUCUCUGGGUACUGCAGUCAUUGUGCCCUUGAUCCACUUGGAUUUAGACUGAUUUGGGAUGACUGAGCUGGUCUGCUGGUUUCAGACUUACACUCUCAUUUGAGACUCGCAGGCGGAGGGACCAACACAUGACCCACACAAACCCACCAUCACAGAUGAGCAGAUGUGAGAAUUUCUAUAAUCAUUUGAAAUCAUGAAACUUAUUAUCAAACUGUCAAUUGUGGAUGCUUUGAGUUUUCCUUAAAACCAACUGCAAUGUGUGUCAAAGCCAAAUUUUCACAUGCUGGGCUCUCACGUUGAUUUGCUGUUGCCCUUGCGUUUAGAGAAUGUGGACGUUGGAGGCCUUCCCUAGCUUCAUACUGUUACAGAUGAAAAUUAUUAAAGAAUGGUUAUCUACAUAAACAGGAAAGAAUGUACAUUACUGAAGCACAUUUAACUAUGGCAGAACAUGUACUUGCAUUGCUUUUCCAUUUAACUGAAAUAAAUCAUCUCUUUAACUAUUGUUUCUCAGAUCUUGACCAAAUGGCUCUGUGCGCACUCCCUUCUAAAGUUGUAAAUUUGCUGCUUGUUGCACUCACAUUUCGGCAGCAUCAUGCCAUGUGUUUUGAGUCACACUAUUGCUAGUUGAUUUGCUCAACUGUCUGCUUCUGUUCAAUGAGACUGCUUAGUGAAAGUGGUUUGUGAUUGGGUUGUAUUUGCGUCUGACAAAGCCAUAGGUAUAAAUGUUCAAAUCAGUUGUUUAUGAUAAUCCUAUGUGCCUCUUGAUUUUGCAUCCUCUAAGUGAACAUUACAGUAUGACUGAAUUUAUGUACCAGUAAUUGAGAUUAUGUGGUGCCUUUCUGUACCGUCUGCAAUGUUGUGAAGAAUAUGCCUUCAAUCUCCUCCAUUUUGUAUGCAUUGUUUCAGAAUAAAUCGUUUUACACUUUA